AUGUCGGUGUCUGUGAUAACGAGCCUAUCGCUCCUCUACCAGGCCAAUGCCAAGAUUAAUGACAUUGAAGGUUGGAUUGAUCAGGAUAGCUCGAACGAUGAAAACGAUGAAAACGACAAUGUUGGCAACAACAACAACUAUCCUGACGGGACUGCGAUAUCAUCCAGCUAUGGUGUGGAGCUGGAAUAUUCCAGGGAUGAAUAUGACCUCGAAAUAUCAAAGUUGUGGUGGAUUGCGCAUGAGUCAAGCCCCGCGUCGCAACACAAGUCUGUUCUAGGGUCACUCAAGCCUUGGAUGACGCCUCCUGACCAGUGCUUUACCACUUGUAUAUCCAUCUCACCCAAGCAUGAGUCAAGCCCCGCGUCGCAACACAAGUCUGUUCUAGGGUCACUCAAGCCUUGGAUGACGCCUCCUGACCAGUGCUUUACCACUUGUAUAUCCAUCUCACCCAAGCAUGAGUCAAGCCCCGCGUCGCAACACAAGUCUGUUCUAGGGUCACUCAAGCCUUGGAUGACGCCUCCUGACCAGUGCUUUACCACUUGUAUAUCCAUCUCACCCAAGGUCAAAUAGGGCUCCGAACAUGCAAGUGGUAAUGAUAAAUUAACCAUGACUGGAAAGAGACUCAGCCGAGUAAGUCCUCAGACACCCAGCCAACCUGGGCGGAAGUGCAUUGAUCUCAUUGCUUGACCUGUAGCACGAGUCAAGCCCCGCGUCG